UUCCCGUGCCUCUAAUGCCUACAGAACUGAGUCCGCUCCAAUGCCGUUGCCUCCCUCCUACUCAUAAAUUCCCCCUCCCCCAUCCCCCCUCCGGGAAACCAAACCCUAGCGCUCCUCAAUCGCACAUAGCACCCCGGAAAUCCGCCCAGCUCUAGCCAGAUUUGGCUUUGCGCGGACCAAUUCGCCACCCAAUAAAUCCGGGGGUGUGUCCCCUUGGGCAUGGUCGCUUGAUCGCGUCCGGCCCAUGGGAAUGUCGGGGGCCGCCAGUGGCGGUGCCGGAUGCGGACGCGGCGAGUACAUGAGUAUCCCGGAGGAUGUGGACGCGAUCAAGGAGGCGGUAAAGGAGGAGGGGGAGUGCCCAAGGCUGCUGCGAUGCCGCGCGAUCCGGUGGUGGGCGAAGGUCGCCGUACUCGGGAUCUUCCUCGCCGGCGCCACCGCGGCCGCCGUCGUUUUCUUGGGCCCACUCGUCAUCAAGAAGGUGGUUGUGCCGAUUAUUGACUGGCAAUCAAGAACAUUCAGCCGACCAGUUAUUCUUCUAAUAUGUUUUGGUGCAAUCGCUUUUUUCCCAAGUGUCUUGAUACCUUCUUCUCCCUUUAUGUGGAUUGCGGGGAUGACCUUUGGAUAUGGUUAUGGCUUUCUGAUAAUUACAACGGCGAUGAGCAUAGGCAUGUCAUUACCAUUUUGUAUAGGAUCUGCGUUCCAUUCCAGAAUACACAGAUGGUUGGAAAAAUGGCCGAAGAAAGCAGCUUUUGUUAGACUUGCUGGUGAAGGAGAUUGGUUCCAUCAGUUUAGGGCAGUUGCUUUACUUAGGAUUUCCCCGUUUCCAUAUAUAGUUUUUAACUACGCUUCCGUGGCUACAAAUGUCCAAUAUUGUCCAUAUAUAGCUGGUUCAAUGGCGGGAACCAUACAUGAAACCCUCCUUGCAAUCUAUAGUGGGAAGCUCGUUCAAAGCUUGGCUGUGGCAACGAGCCAAGGGUCUUUCUUAUCAGUGGAUCAGAUCAUCUACAAUGGAAUUGGCUUUACGGUUGCUGCAGUUUCCACUGCUGCAAUAACUAUUUAUGCGAAAAAGGCGCUCCAAAAAUUGCAGGCUGAGGAUGAGCUAUGUUGAGAUCUCCGAAUCAAAUCUUGAUGCUAGGUCCCCUCCAGGUGUAAACUACAGACAGGGACUACUAAUCUGGUUUCAAGCGUCAACAACCUGCAACCGCUUUUGGUUUUGUUUCAAGUAGACAGAGAACUGCCAAAUUUAAGAACGUCAAUCAAUGUAUUGAACCAGGGCCUUUGCAAUGUAUAUUUCAAGCUCUUAAGGUGAAAUUAUCUUUGUUUUGUUUAUUGAAGAAAAAUACGACCACCAUUUUUACCA